ACAGCAAAUUAAUAGGAAGUUUAAAUCAAGCCGGUAAGAUAAGCGCCAAACACUCCAGUGGUUUAUCAAUAUUUAAGACAAAGGUUUGAUAAUAUAACUUGCAUGAGUUUAUAAUACGAGACAAGUCGAUAUUAAUCCGUAGAUAACGCAAUCAAUCUGUCACUUGACUGGCACGAUUAUAUACGCAUGCAACACCAAACGGUUACUGUACCAGUUGAAGUGAUGUGACUAUAAUACUAAUUAACUUUUCAACUAUUUUGUGAAGCAUUGAUAAAGAAAGAUGAGAAUUUACUUUUUAUUCAAAGCGAUCAUUAUAUUUAUAAGUAUUCAAAGAUAUCGAUCAGAGACAGACAUGAUUAACAAGACAACUUACUUCUGUAGAUGCCCUAAUAAUAACUUCACAUGUGCAACUGGUAGCAUUUCUUGCGUGGGUGGUGAUGAUAUCCAUUGGAUAGGUUUUCGGUAUUUUGGGUUUGGACAUUUGGAAAACGGGAAUAAUUGCAGUGCAAUAGACAGUUCUACGUUAAUUCCUAAACCAAACGACACGGAUAUGAUACGGAACUUCACAGUAGAUAUUAUGGGAAAAUAUUCUGGACUUCAAAAUGCGAAAGAAACAGAAGAUGUUCAUGUCAAAUACUUCUACCCGAACCAAAGUGCAUACUUCAUCGCGAAUUAUGACUGUAUUCACGAAGAUGAAGAUGAUGAAACCAAAAUUGGACAAAGAGGUGGGAAAUGGCAAGAAGGGAGUACAUUUGCCUUGAUAUUUCUCAUUCUGUGCUGCAUUUUCUAUUGCCUGAAGAAAAAACAACAGAGGACAGAACCGCAGAGAGAUACACAACCAGGAAACAACAAGUUUAACCGAGACCGUGUUGUAAAAGACCUUCCGAAUGAAGGAAACAGACAAAGCAAACUUCAAAGCAAACAAGCUGUAGAACAAUCAAGCAAUAAUUCCAUCACAAAUAACUCCUUACCACCACUUCCAAUGGGUCGAAGCGAUAUCAUUUCGCAGAAAAAUGAAUUUGGUGCGCAUCAAGGCUCAGUUGGAGAGAGGAAAAAUGGAAAAGUUACGGCAAACGAUACAGAAAAUGCUAGACUGAGUCAAGAUCUUCAUGCUAAACUGUUUGAGGAUAUAUCGAGGACGAGCAGUCACGAUACUGUACCUUUAACGGAAAAUACUUUUGAUAAAAGAAACACCAUUGGUGAAUUGGAAAAUACCGUGUCAGAUUGUCAAGACCACGAACAAGAAAAGAAAAAGAAGAAGAAAAAGAAGAAAAAGAGGAAAAAGAAGAACACAAUAGAAGCAUUGCUCGAUGAAGAAAAUACUUCUUAUGCAUAGAAACAAAAGUGAUGAAUUAACUAAUAAUUUUAAAUAUCGUUUAUUGAUACUUAAAAGAAG